AUGUGGAACGCGUCAACCUCCACCAUCGCGCGUGUCAGGCGUAAUGGCGUGGCUCAGACUGGUCUCACAUGCUGCACUUCUUUGGCGUCACCUCAGCGUCGUUUCUCGUCGUGGUUCGAAGAGCAGCCCGUCAGGGGUCAGCAGCACACAGAAGACAAGGCUGUCGCUGCUUUCGCCAUCAAUGCUGACAAACUGGAGAAGAGCAAGACGAUCAUCAACAAGAAAGCGCACGGAAUUCCUUUCCACAUAUCUGAUAACGAGGCGGUCGACAACGUGUGCCGCCACCACGGGACUGCGGUCGAGAUCCACAGUGUGGAACGCCUUCUCAUGCCCUUCUGGCUCACUGAGACGGCUGCCGCUGGCACCUUCAAGGCAGAUAUCCUCCAGCACGAUCGUACGAACAUCACCCAGCCGCACUGCUUUGUGUGGCUGGAGGGACCCCGGUACCAGUUCAACUACCCCUUUGGCGAAUACAUGCCAAUGAAUCAAGUCUCCGCGUCCUACCGGGAGCCUCUCAAAGUGGUGGAGCGCUGCCUCACUGGCACCCACGUGCCGUCGAUGCUGCUCUCGCGAUUUGAGCUACUGAAUGAAGUGGAGAAGAUGGAACACCGGCCCACUGUUAUCCCUUUCACCAUGUCAACUAUAACCGCCCUCUCUGUAAUGGAGCGGCGCGUCAGCCGCCGCGUCGUGAUGGACCGUAUCGACCGCGAACUUCGCAAGUUUCAUGGCUCCUUUUUGAAGAGCAAUGUAACCGUGGUGAACCUGCACAUGGCAGCAUCAAGCAUUCGGCCUGUAUUCCUGCCACUCCUCAAGCUGACCGUGACCACCGUGUCUCACUCGACGCCAGUGCCGGCGUUCAUCUGCGGUGCCACUGGCAAGGUGGUAGGGCCGGUGCUGCAUGUGCAGCGCCGAAAGCGACUGGGACUGGCCGUUUCCGCGGUUGUUGGUACGUUGCUGAGCCUCGCACCCCUCGUAGAGCCCGGCGUGGCCACCGCCGCUGCGUUGGCGGCCGGCGUCUCCUCUGGCUUUGUGCUGCAGGCAGUGCAGCAGGCGCACUUCAUGCGGAAACAGGCACACGAAAUGGCGCAGCUCAGGUCUGUCGGCGUUCUGAACCUCGUCGCCGACAGCGCAGGCUAUCGCUGGACACCAGAGGAGGAAGAAAAAGAUGAGUACGAGUACCGCGAGGAGCUGCGUCGUCAGGCACGCGCAAGGGACGCCUUUGAGCAGCGCGUGAAGGAGGAGGCGGCACGCGACCAGGCCCGAGCCCGUGGCAACCACUUCGACCCAAAGAACCGCCGCCGCACCGACUUGGCAGAUGUGGACCCAUGCGGCUACUACGAGCUGCUCGGACUGAAGGGGAAGGAGGUCUCUGCCACUACGAAGGACGUCACGAAAGCGUUCCGUGAGGCGGUGCGACUGCAUCACCCGGAUCUCCACUCAGAGGCCGAGGCGGAGAAUAAGAAGCGCCACAUGCAGCGCAUCAUCGAAGCGUACAAAAUUCUGCACAACCCCAAAACGAAAAAGUCGUACGAUUCUGGCGAGAUGAGCGGCAAGUCGCAUGAAACCUCCGAGGUAUGA